AAUGCGCAGGCAUACUUGAAUUUGCAAGGUCAAACUACAGCUAAAUUGGGUGGUUCAAAAAACUCUUCAUCGUUCCUGAAGGCCACCACAACCACCCUCCUUCACACAAUCAGUGAAUCAGAGAAAGCAUCUUAUGUGGCUCACAUAAACAGUUAUCUUGGGGAUGAUCCGUUCCUAAAGCAGUAUCUCCCAUUAGACCCAGCUACAAAUGAUCUAUUCAACCUUGCAAAAGAUGGAGUUCUCCUAUGUAAGCUUAUAAAUGUUGCUGUGCCUGGGACAAUAGAUGAACGAGCAAUUAACACCAAACGGGUCCUCAACCCAUGGGAGAGGAAUGAAAACCAUACUCUUUGCCUUAACUCUGCCAAGGCCAUUGGCUGCACAGUGGUUAACAUAGGCACACAGGACCUUAUUGAAGGAAGACCUCAUCUGGUAUUGGGGUUGAUUUCCCAAAUUAUAAAGAUCCAACUGUUGGCUGAUCUCAACCUUAAGAAGACGCCUCAACUUGUGGAAUUGGUGGAGGAUAGCAAUGAUGUUGAAGAGCUUUUGAGUUUACCUCCCGAGAAGGUGUUAUUGAAAUGGAUGAAUUUCCAUCUCCAGAAAGCAGGCUACAAGAAACCUGUUUCAAACUUUUCCUCUGAUGUGAAGGUAUUUUGCCAUUCCUAUAGUACUGUAUAUCUAGGAGCAUGUAGCACAAUAGCAGUGUCAUUAUGA